AUGUCGGCCUUACUUUCUUUAAAAACUGAGCCACCAUCAGGGCUAAGCUUUUUGCGGCUCUCCUAUGAAAGGAAACAUGUUCUUCUAGCUCGUAUGGAUCGUCCUUCUUCCCUAAACGCCCUUUCUUCAGAGGCCCUGCGAGAGCUUGAUUCGGUUCUAGACUGGUACGAUGCUGAGCCUACUCUCCACGUCUUGGUCGUUACCGGAACAGGGCGAGCAUUUACGGCUGGCGCGGAUCUCAAAGAGUGGCAGCGUACACUGGAGGGGGGUAAGGGAGAGCAGUUUGGCGUGCGAGAAGGCGUCACUCCCUUCACGCGCCGAAAAGGGAAGAAGCCUAUCAUUGCAGCUGUCAACGGCUUUGCUUUUGGCGGUGGGUGCGAGUUCGCUGUCAACUGCGAUCUGGUUGUUGCUGCAGACACGGCAAUCUUUGGUCUCCCCGAGGUUAAACGCGGACUGGCCCCUACGGGCGGGGCCCUCACACGGAUCGUACAUACUGCCGGGAUGCAGGUGGCUUCUGAGAUUGUCCUCACGGGGCGACGGCUUUCUGCACAGGAAAUGCAAUCGUGGGGGAUUGUCAACAAGGUGGUUCCUAUGAACAAGGUCGUCGACGAAGCGUUGCGCUAUGCAUCACUGAUCGCAGAGAACAGUCCUGACGCCAUCGUUUGUGCGAGAGCCGGCUUGCGGCAAGCUUGGGAGACGGCAAAUGUUGAGGAAGCGACAGAGCAGUGGUUCCGGCAGUACUUUAGCUUGCUUGAACAGGGUGAAAACAUACGUGAAGGUCUGGCUGCCUUUGUGGACAAAAGAUCCCCUGUGUGGAUGGAGUCAAAGCUAUAG